AUGUGUGUUUUAGAGGACACAUUUCCUUUUGAGAAAUACCGAGUGAUCGUGAAAACACGCGAUACCAUGCGCCAAGAAGAAAUGGCAGCUCACCUCAUCGCUGAAAUUGAUUCCAUUCUAAAAGCAGAUAAAAUUCCUUCUAUUUUACAGUGCUAUGAAGUAUUAGCAUUUUCGGAUCAUGAUGGAAUGAUCGACUAUUUGGAUGGUUUUUUGUCACUACAUGAGAUUAAAAAGACUAUUAAUGAGCUUGGGUUUGAUAGUCUAGGAGGUUAUUUUGCAGAGGUGUUUCGAGAAAGACCUGACUCAUUUCGGAAGUUUCGAACCAAUUUCAUUCGCUCGCUUGCGGCUUACUCGAUUGUUUGUUAUGUUUUGCAAGUCAAAGACAGAAAUGACGGCAAUAUCUUGAUGGACAAGCAUGGCAUUCUUGUCCACAUUGAUUUUGGCUUUAUUCUUUCAAACUAUCCGGGAAAUAUACGAUUUGAGACGGCACCCUUUAAACUCACCAACGAUAUGGUAUUCUGA